GUUUAUUAAUGGGCACUGCUUUCCUUCAAUAGAAGAUGUUGAUUAUGGGUGAGGAACAUCAGGUCGCUUGCCUUAGUUUAUCGUGGUCCUGAGUGAGCAUGUGCGAGGUAGCCAUAUUUCUUGGGGGCAAAUCGAAAUGGUCUCGGCUUGUUUCUGAGCAAGCUGAAGCCUUUCUUAUCGUCAUCUUUCUUACGGGCACCCCCUGUCAGCCACUGCGCCCGACUGUGGUCCGUAUGAUUCUAGGUCGCCGGCGGCCGGGAAAAGGAGGCGGGCUGUGCAGCGUGGAGGAGGGCCAAGCGAGCGGAAGUGACGCAGGUGCCGCCAUGUCUUUUGAGGGCCGCGACGGCGCAGGGCCAGCCAUGCUGGCUACGGGCACGGCGCGGAUGGCGUCGGGGCGCCCCGAGGAGCUGUGGGAGGCUGUGGUGAGAGCUGCUGAGUGCUUCCGGGCCCGGACUGGCACAGAGCUGGUGCUGCUGACAGCCACCCCACCCCCCCGCCCAGGCCCCUGCAGCUAUGCGGCCCAUGGCCGGGGGGCCCUGGCUGAGGCUGCCCGUCGCUGCCUCCAUGACAUUGCCCUGGCCCAUGGGGUAGCUGCUGCUGCUCGGCCCCCUGUGCCCCGACUGUUGCCACAGCCACCCAGCCCCGUGCGGAGCCCACCCCGGCCAGCCCUGGCCAGGGAGGAAGACGAGGAGGAUGAGGAUGAGCCAACAGAGACAGAGACCUCCGGGGAGAGGCUGGGCGUCAGCGAUAAUGGAGGGCUCUUUGUGAUGGACGAGGACGCCACCCUCCAGGACCUGCCCCCCUUCUGCGAGUCGGACCCCGAGAGCACCGAUGACGGCAGCCUGAGCGAGGAGACCCCCACCGGCCCCACAGCCUACUCAGUGCCCCCAGCCUCAGCCCUGCCCACACAGCAGUAUGCCAAGUCCUUGCCGGUGUCUGUGCCCAUCUGGGCCUUCAAAGAGAAGAGGACAGAGGCACGGUCAUCGGAUGAGGAGAACGGGCAGCCCUCCUCGCCGGACCUGGACCGCAUCGCGGCGAGCAUGCGCGCGCUGGUGCUGCGGGAGGCUGAGGACACCCAGGUCUUUGGGGACCUGCCGCGGCCACGGCUCAACACCAGCGACUUCCAGAAGCUAAAGCGGAAAUACUAAGGCCGGCGGAGGCCCUGCCAGGCCCCCGGCCGCCCUGCCCCACACUACACCCCUGCCCCGCCCCCGGGGUCCGC